GAACCAGGAUUGGAGAGGGGGGGGAGACUGUAGUUGUGCGGAAAGCGGUUGUUAAGCUCCAGUCACUGCGCUUCCUCCACAGCCAUCAGCUUCUUCAUCCAGCUCCAGGGCGAGGCCAUCACCCACAGCUCACAAUGCCCAAGAGAAAGUCUCCAGAAGGCGCUGAAGCCAAGGAUGCUGGCAAAGCAAGCAAGCAAGAGCCAACCAGAAGAUCGGCAAGAUUGUCAUCAAAACCUGCCCCUCCUAAAGCUGAAGCAAAACCAAAAAAGGCUGCAGCCAAGAAGGAGCCAGCAACAAAGGGUAACAAAGGUGCUAAAGGGAAGAAAGAAGAAAAACAAGAAGCUGGAAAGGAAGGUACUGCUCCAUCUGAGAAUGGUGAAAAUAGAGCUAAUGAGAUUCGCGUCUCUCGCUCCACUGUUAAUGUUUCCACAUCCAGAGGUGCCAUGCCCAGCACACUGUCAAUAAAAGGGCAGAUUGAAACAGUGAAAGUUAAGGGCACAGAAAACUGAAGCAGUUGGGGACAAAGAAUGAAAUGGUCAUGGAAAUUUUUCGUUGAUUUUACGUACCUCUUGAACUUUAAGAAAAAAAAACAAUAUUUUUCUCAAGUAUUUUGUAAAUGCUAAUUUUUUUAGGACAACUGUAGUUUAACUUUUACAUAUAUAAAGUACAUGAACAUACUCCUCUCCUACAUAAUCAAUGCUUUGCUGAUUCUGAUUUUCUUCAUUGUCUGCAACUUAAAAAAAAAUCUCAACUUUAGCAUUAGUGGGUAUGUUUGAGGCUGUUUUGCAUAUCUACUUUUACUGCUUUUAAGAAGACAAACUAAAAAAAAAAAAAAACUUGUGCAAAUAGUGUUGUUGUUUUGUUUUUACUGUGCAUUUGAGAUUUUCCAUGGCAUUUUCUAUAGCAAUAAUUAGUGGUGCUUUUGUACAUAACGGUUUUGUGGUUUUGAAAAUGACUAAAUUGUUGUGAUCAUCUGCUGUUUUUAUUUUUUUUCUGUUUUUCAUUUAAGGUAAAAAUAAAAAGGUAUCGCCUUUUAA